AUGGCCACUCCUCUUGCAUUGCCCCCAAAUACCAGUCCGGAAACCUUUAAAAACUUCCUGGCCGCAGUAUCCAAGACCGUCGGUGAUGAGAACAUCAGAGUAGUGACGAGGCUUGAAGAGCUACACGAUGGCACUUACCACGAACAACCCCGAACCCAUGAUCCCCAUCACAUUGUUGAUCAGGACUAUUUCCUAGCUUCGGCAGUAAUAUGUCCACGUUCUGUGCCAGAUCUGCAGGCCAUCGUCCGCAUUGCCAACGAAUUCCAAAUUCCUCUUUGGCCUACUUCUAUCGGUCGCAACUCUGGAUAUGGUGGCGCUGCUCCUAGGCUUCGCGGAAGCGUUGUUCUGGAUCUUGGAAGACAUAUGAACCGUGUACUUGAGGUCAAUGUUGACGGUGCCUAUGCUGUUGUGGAGCCAGGUGUUACUUUCGCCGAUCUUCACCAGUACCUGGUUGAACAUGGACUGAGAGAUAAGCUCUGGAUUGACGUAAGUUCUAACUGGGUUUGGUUCCUGAUCUGGGUGGAGGCUCGGUUCUUGGGAAUACUGUGGAGAGGGGAGUCGGGUAUACACCUUACGGAGGCAAACCACUGGAUGAUGCACUGCGGAAUGGAAGUUGUACUUCCCAGUGGUGAACUGAUGCGAACCGGCAUGGGCGCUAUGCCACAGCCGAAGAAGCUCGGUGAACCAUCUGUUCCACUGCAUGAGGAGCCUGGUAACAAAUGCUGGCAACUAUUUCCCUACGGCUUCGGACCUUACAACGAUGGGCUAUUCUCUCAAAGUAACCUAGGAAUAGUGACAAAGAUGGGAAUAUGGCUAAUGCCUAACCCCGGUGGAUAUCAAUCCUAUCUCAUCACUUUCCCUAGAGACGAGGACCUUCAUCAGGCAGUCGAUAUUAUUCGACCUCUCAGGCUGCAAAUGAUUCUUCAAAACGUCCCGACUAUUCGCCAUAUUCUAAUGGAUGCUGCUGUUCUGGGAACAAAGACAGAAUACACAUCAACUAAAGGCCCUCUCGAUGAUGCUGAGCUUGAUGGGAUUGCUAAACGCCUGAAUCUCGGACGAUGGAAUUUCUACGGCGCUCUUUACGGUCCUGAGCCAACUCGAAAUGCUCUCUGGGGUAUCAUCAAAGAUGCUUUCUCGGCAGUUAGGGGUGCCAAGUUCUACUUCCCCGAAGAUAUCAAGCAGAAGAGUGUGCUGCACACUAGAGACAAGACCCUACAAGGAAUUCCGACGUUUGACGAGCUGGCGUGGAUCGACUGGCUUCCCAACGGUGCUCACUUGUUCUUCUCGCCCAUCAGUAAGGUAUCUGGAGAUGAUGCGAUGCUCCAGUACUCAGUUACAAAAAGACGAGCGCGGGAGGCUGGAUUGGACUUUAUCGGAACUUUUACUGUUGGUCUCAGAGAGAUGCACCAUAUUGUAUGCAUUGUAUUUGAUCGCAAAGACCCGGACUCCAAGAGUAGAGCACACUGGCUUAUCAAGACACUGAUUGCUGAUUGCGCAGCCUACGGCUGGGGUGAGUAUCGCACUCACCUGGCAGUUAUGGACCAGAUUGCGGAAACUUACAACUGGAACAACAAUAUCCUUAUGCGAUUCAACGAGGCCAUCAAGAACACCCUUGAUCCCAAUGGAAUCAUUGCGCCGGGCAAAAAUGGUAUUUGGCCAUCCACCUACCAGAAGAGUUUGUACAAGCUUUGA